UUCAAGGAAUAGAAGUAAGAGUGUAAGAUGAAACUAAGAAAUUUUAUCAGUACAUCAGUGGUUGCUGAUCUUCUGAAGAAAGGUAACUUCAAAAAUGGUGGUGGUUAUCGAUUAUUGGACUGUGGAGGAGACCUUCAACCACGAAAUCAUGAUCACUUCAUGAAAACCAAAUAUGGAAGAUUCGAGGAAAUGAUGGAUAUGAAUACGAAGCAGUAUCGCGACUAUUUGGAAAAGCAUAUCCCACAAGCGGUUCACAUGGAUCUUAACACUGCUACCUAUCCUAGUUUUUAUGAACCGUAUGCCAUGUAUCCACCAGAAAUAUUCCAGAAAUAUGCCCGCUUAUUGGGUAUCAAUCGAGCGGAGCAUAUCGUCCUAUAUGGCAGGCAACAUAUUACUAGCAUGACGCUUCCCUGUCGCAUCUCCUGGCUAUUUAAGUACUAUGGUCAUGGAGCUGUUUCUGUUAUAGAUGGCGGCUUAACUGCGUGGGAAAUGGAUGGCGGUGAAAUUACUCAAGAAGUACCAGAAGUCACUCCAGGUAACUGGAAAGCUGGGCUCUGUCCGGAUUACAUUGUAACAUAUGAACAGCUUAUCGAGAAGGAUUCCAGUGGAUUGUGCAUGUUUGACAAAACUGACCAGAUAAAUUUUUUCGACUCGCGUCCAAGAGAUCAGUUUAAGGGGAAGGUUGAUACCAUGCUCGAUCCAAAAAAGGUAAGCGGUACACGUGUGCCAGGGACAAAGUGUGCACCGGCAGUAGAAAUGAUUAAUGAAAAGGGUUGUUUGAAAGAUCCGGACGAGCUUAAAAGCUGGUUACUAAAAUGCGGUUUCAAACAAGAUCUUCCAAUCAUUUCACAGUGUCUACGUGGGAUACAAGCCUGCUUGUUGAAUUCAGUUAUCGAGGAUUUGUUCCCAUCCCUACGUCCACGCGUCUAUCAUGGAUCAUGUUUUGAACUGCAAGUUCGCGAUCCGAAAAGGAUAUCCGAAUAG